AUGAAAGCCAAGAAGACGAACAAACUCACUGGUAUGAAAGCUCCUGAAGUUGAUAACAUGACCAAUAAUAUAAAUGAAGCAAAGAAAGGUAAGAUAAUAGAUGCUGUGGACACCACGAACUUUCCGAUACAGACAGAUACGAAUUUGUCACCUUUCUUCAAAGCAGUAUUGGGGUCACCUGGAGAAUUAAGUCCAAUGCAGCUAGGCGAAAUAGAAGAUAUCCCCAGCAGUGUAAUGUCAUAUAAUGAAACGAAUGAUAUUGACUUUUCUGAAUUUUCGAAUAUAUUACUUUCACCUUCAUCCACAUUCAGUUUGUAUUUAGAUGAGCCAGGGUUGCGUCUUUUGGAAUACUUUGAAAACAAGGUGGCGAAGAUUUUAUGUAUAAGUCCAGAAUCUUCCAACUAUUUUUUGAAAACUUUUGUGUCUGUUGCUAUGACUGAAGAGUCUAUAAUGCAUGCUUUGGCAGCAUGGGGAGGGGUGUUUUCAGAGGGGGCAUCUAGUGAAUUGGUCAACUAUCAUAUGUCGCAAGCGACUAUAUUAAUACAUGAAAGGCAUUUGGCCAAUUCUAAAUUGAAUAAGCAUGGAUAUUACGUAGCCGUUUGCUAUUAUUUAAUAGCAAUAGGUAUCGAGAUAUGUUCUGGUGAUGUAUCUAAGUGGUACAAGCAUUUUAAUGCAUGCACAGAAUUACUCAGGUCAUAUGGAGGGUUGGCAAAAUUCCUAAAAGAUUUUAACUAUUCUAAUAAUGUGAAAUGGUUAAUUGCAAGUUUUCAAUUUCAUGAUAUUAUGUCUUCAGUUACUCUUUCAAGUGGAACUUCUUGCUCUAUGAAGAAUUAUAAUAACUUAUUCAAAAAUUAUAAUUUACUUGACAUAGGUGAUUAUGGUAUUGAUCCUUACCAAGGAUGCAUUCAGCCCAUAUAUUUAAUACUAGGUGAAAUUAUGAAUUCCUACGUUGAACUAAAAGAAGAACGAAAAAAACUCAAGGCCAGUAUUCUACACUUAUCUCUUGAAGACUCUAACUCUUCUGAAAUUGACGGCCUUAUGCAACAACGAAUUGAACAUUAUAAUAUUGUGAGUACUCGAUAUGAUGAGUUGCUAAACAAGGUUCAGCUUGCACGCCCUAAUGAAAAACAAAUAGCACUGAUAAUGAAUAACAAAGAGGAAUUGGACUUACAUUUAACAUUAUUUGAAUUAUACCGACUCACCUGUCAAAUGUAUUUGCUACUCUACAUAAAACAAACUCAACCUUCAUCCAGUGAAGUUCAAAUGUUACUAUUGACUUCAUUUGCUUAUAUUAGUACUUUAGUAGAAUCCCCUAUGACGGCCUCGCUAUCAAUGCUGCUUUUAAUAUGUGGUAUAUCAUGUUGCAACCACUCGGACAGAAAUUAUAUUAGGACGAAAUUUACUAAAAUCUAUGAUAAGUAUAAGGCAGGAAAUGUGAGAAGAGUUUGGGAUAUCGUUGAAGAAAGCUGGCGUAGAAAUCCAGAUGGUAAUAUCUGUAUUGAUUGGGUUGAAAUUUGUGAACAAUACGGCUGGAAAUUACCAGUUUGUUAA